AUGGGUGUGUGUCGGAGGAUAUUCAAGAAUUAUGAACCAACAGAACUCACCAUUUGCGUCACUAUUUGUUGUGAACCCCGCGCACCACCCAGAUUCGACCACUGGAACAUCUCCAAACCCGGGUACCCGCCAAAGAUAAUUUCAUGUUCAAGAGGAUCCACAAAUCACGAUGAAAACAGAGAGAAAAGAUUAAAAAGAAAGGUGGUAAAAAGAAGAAAGAAGUCAGAAUUUUCCGAAAAAUCUGGAAAGUCUGAAAAGGAAUUUGAUAAUGUGGAAGUUCAAAUAUUAUCAGAUCAACCACUUCUUCAUUCUGAUUCCGCCACUUUGAUUUCUGAUGACGUGGAGACUAUGAUGUCAUCUCCUGAAAUUGUGGAAAGAAGAGAUAUUGCAGAUGAGAUUACGGUAACUGACUUUGAUGGAAAACAACUGGAAGCACAUGACCACCACGUGUCAAUGACGUCCUUGGAUAGUAUUGCUGGAUUGGGAGGAAUGAUGUCAAUGCCAGAGGAUUCAGACGACGUUGGGAUGGCGAAGGGAGUGAGGAAUUCAGAAGACAACGAUGAAAAGCUGAAACCGGAAGAAGAGAAAAGAGAGGAAGAAAUAAUCAAACAAAUGGAGAGCAAGAAGAAGUUUGAUCUACUUCUCAAUUGUGACGUGGAAAUUCCAACAGUACCGCCUGUGAUGAAUGACGUGGAGAAUCCGAAGAAGAAAGUGAUUGUUCGGAGAAAAAAGAAGUCAACAACUCCGGAGACCGCUCCUCGCUACCGUGAAUUCACGGAGACCUCCAUCAACAUGUAUAUUGAGAUGAAUAAACAGAACAUUGGAGAAUUCAUUUGGGAUCAACAAUGCACACGAAUAGAUGCUCUUGUAGCACCGAUUAUUGAAUUGGAUCGGACAACGACACCGGAAAUUCCAGUGGAAAUUGAGAUUUUCGAUUAA